CAAACUUUGAAAGUUGACUCCAAGUUGACAUCCACUAUAUCUACUUACUCUUGUGUAAUUGACGCACCGAUUUUUCAACUUACAUCUCCCGAAGUUUAUGGCCUAGUCGAACAUGUUCUCUGUCAGCUAUAGACGAUUAUUGCGUGCACCGUUGUCACGCGAAAUUCACUCCUUCAUACGAACCAGGUCCGCUGGCCUCCCAGAUGGAUUCAAAUUUUUCCCGGAAUUUCUGUCCCUCUCGGAGCAGCGCACAUUGCUCUCCGUCGCACUCUCUAAACUCGAUUCUACCGAAACCAAACAAGCUCGGAAGCAGCGAAGGGAUUUCCUUACCAACCACCCACAGGAGCAUCGUGCGGUGGAAGACAUUUUCCUUCCUGACGCAUAUUACAAUUUCCAAGAGGGCCAUUAUGAUGGCGUGAUACGACAUUAUCGUGAGAUGCACUUGUCAUCCUGGCCGGAGGAUCAGAAUCCGGGUCUUUCCUUCAUUCUAGCUCGUUUGCAAGGGCUAUAUCCAACCUUGGAGAUACAAACACAUCUUUUACACCUGUCAUCCGUGGGGGAGAUUCUCGGACAUGUGGAUAAUAUAGAAGCCAGUGGAACUUGGAUUCUCGGCGUCAGUCUUGGCGCAGCCAGAGUACUACGGAUGGAGUCGACGAGCAACCCAGAUGACUCUUUCGAGGUUCUGCUCCCAUCGGGUAGUGUUUAUCUACAAAUGGAUAGCGUGCGGUACGAUUAUAACCACUCUGUACUAAAAGCGAGCCAUUUCCUUGGAUGCGAGAUCAAGGCUGGCCAACGAGUUAGUAUAAUGAUCAGAGACCGAAAGGAAGUGCCUACAUCCAAUUCAUAAGUGAGCUCAUUGGAUUUUGACUAAGGGGGCAAGCGCACUUCCAUCCUGGUGUAAUGGAAGGUUAUCUUUUCUACGGCUGAGCAACGGGUUUCACGCUCUUCACAUGAAUGGCACGCUUGCCAAUCCGGGACUGUGUCGUCGUAUGGACAGGCACUAGCGAUUUUACCGCACAUUUCAUUCAACUAAAGCCUUUCCUUCGGAAGUUCCGUCCUGUUGGGACUCAGCUUGAUCUGAAUAUUAUGAUUUCCUAACUAUGAUAAUUAAACUGACUAUCAGAAAAAUUCACCAUACUUAGCUCGAAUGAAAUCGGCAUUGUGGUGCUGCUCAAAUAGCAUUUUUAGAUCCAUCUGAUAUUCGUCACGGAGCAU